AUGACAAUUUACACAUCACGGUUGGUCGUUAUUCCUAACUAUGGUAAUCGUCUACGAUUAAAUUCAUCAUCGAAUUCAUCGUACAGUUUUCAACAUGAACGAUUUCGUUCAACUCUUAUCGUACUACCGAAUUCAAAUAGAAAACGAUUUAUAGAAGGUAUUGAAGUUCAAUGUGGAAGUUUUAUUAAUGAUCAAAACUAUCAAAAUAAUAAUAAUAACAAUAAUAGUAAUCAUAAUCGUUUGGAAUCGGUAUCGUCUGUAGGCUCAACAAGUGAUGUAUUUAGUGCUGAUGAAUCCAUAUGUGAAUAUCAUCCAAUAAAAAACCCUCGCAUAGUUGGUCAAUCGUAUUUCGAUGUUCGACAUCGUCUCUUGGCUAAAUCAAAUUUAUUCGCAUAUACUUUAAAAGAUGAUACGGAUAUUGAUGAUAAUGAUAGUUUCUGUUGUUCAUCUACAGGAUAUUCGUAUCACCUUGGAAACUAUCAUCAGACGAAAUAA